AUGAAUUCAAAUAGAGGAAGGAAAAAUCGUAAAUUUUUGAAAAUAGGACCAAAGGGAAAAAGCUUUCUGAACGAAUUUUUGAAUACAAGUACAAUUCACGGUUUCAACCACUUGGGACAUACCAAACUUGACAUUGUGGAGAAAAUCUUGUGGUUCUCUGUUAUAAUAUGCGCCAUUUACGGAGCAACAACUUUGAGCUCCCUGACGCUUACAAGAUACUACAACAACCCCACUGUCAUCUCUAUGGAAAGGGACAGAUUUGCUUGGAAUACAUCUUUUCCUGCUGCUACCAUAUGCCCUUUAACCAGAUACGAUGAAGAUGCCCUGGACAAAUACGUGGAAACAUCCAACGCCCCCAACAAAACCUCCUUUCGAAAUUUUCUGGUUACUCUAAUGGAAGCCACUUACCAGAAUUUCGAGGAAGUCGUUGACUACACCGAUGACGUUCAACCGGAGGAUUACUUGGACUUGAUGAUGAGACUGAAGAUGAAGUUUGCUCCUUCUGAAGUGUCUAAUUCAGCUGGUAAUACGAGGGUUAACCAUCUAGCUGGGAUUGUAACGGAGAUGGGCUUAUGUUACUGUUUCAAUUCGCAGUUGGCUGUUUACAGCUCAGAGAGGUAUUGGAAGUCUGGAAAUUGGAAUCUCUUCCCACCAAAUGAAACACUGUAUGUCAAUCCUCUUGAUGGAGAAGUUUUCGCCAAUGUUAUGAAUAUCUCAAGUGCAUUUGAUAUUUACAUUCAUGGUCCAUACGAGGUUGCUGAUAUAGCUUCGAAAAAGACUCACUCUGAAGAUGGCUAUUUCCUACAACUCUACUUGAAUGGGUUGACCCUGUUCAGCAGUGAUAAAGUUAAAGGUUUGAAUGUGAGGCAGAGGAAAUGCAGAUAUUAUGAUGAAAGUGAUUUGGAUCACUCUCCAGCAUAUUCAUAUGUGCUUUGCAGGAUGGAAUGUAGGAUCCGUUUGAGUAAACAGUUUUGUGGAUGUGUUCCCCACUUCUACAGAGUACUUGAGAAACUGAUACUUUUGGAGGGGUUAUGCUCAUGUUUACCAAAUUGUGACGAAGUUAUCUAUUACGUCGAUGAUAUAGAUACAAGAGAAUGGUUCCUUGAUUCCAAUCUUCAAUGGGGAUUGAAAGACUAUCCGAAGAUGCGUUUGAAGAGAGAUGUGAUUUUUGGAUUCACAGAGCUCUUAGUUUACGUUGGUGGAAUGACUGGCUUAUUUUUGGGAUGCAGCGUCCUCAGUUUCACAGAGAUCUUUUAUUUCUUCACGUUGAGGAUGUUCUGGUUCUUCAUGAAGCCGGAGAAACAGAAUGCAGCAAUCAGAAGGAAAUGA